AUGUUGUGUCAAAACAGAGUCACUUUUACUCAGGCCAAAGGGGGUCCCUCUGUGAGUCAUCUUUCUUUUGCUGAUGAUGUUGUAAUUUUUGCUUCUGGGAAAGGAGAUGCUUUGGAAACCAUUAUGAAAACCCUAGAGAUCUAUGAGGGCCAAUCUGGCCAAUGUGUGAAUAAGAGCAAGAGUGGUUUUUAUGUACAUGAGGGGGUGGGAGGGGAGACUAUUUCCAGAAUAGAAAGGGUGACUAAGUACAAGCACAAAGUUUUUCCUUUUACUUACUUAGGUUGCCCCAUUUAUAGAGGAAGAAAAAGAGUGAGUUUGUUUGCAUCUUUAGUGGAAAAAAUUGCUGCUAAGUGUAGGGGUUGGCAUAGUAGGCUCCUCUCACAAGGGGGCAAAUCUGUGUUGAUCAAGUCUGUUUUGCAGGGAAUGCCUAUGCACAUCUUCUCAGCCUUGGAUCCCCCCAAGGCUGUUAUAAAGCAGAUUGAGAUGAUCUUUGCCAAUUUCUUUUGGGGAAAUGCAGAUGGAAAGCUAAAGCACCACUGGAGUUCAUGGGAGUCAAUGUCCAAGGCCACUGAGAAUGGGGGAGUUGGGUUAACAAGCAUUAGGGAGAUGGUGGCAGCUGCAGCUACAAAGCUGUGGUGGCACUUUAGAACUGAGGACUCUCUUUGGAGGAAAUAUCUGGAGGCCAAGUAUUGUUCAAGAUCUCAUCCAGUAGCUAAGACUUGGCAAUACAAAGAUUCUCAUAUUUGGAGGAGGAUGGUGGGAGCUAGAGAAAAGAUUGAGAAAGAGAUCCAGUGGAAAGUGGGGAAAGGGGAUGUCAAUUUUUGGUGGGAUGAUUGGUCAGGGUUGGGGGCCAUUGCAAAAGCCAUGAAUAUACCAGAAAAAUCAAGGGCCAAGGAUACCUUGAAGAGUUUCUACAGAUAUGGCAGGUGGUGUUUGCCUGACCUAGGGCCUGAAGUAAGCAGAGCUGCAGAAAAGAUUAGCUUGAAUGAGUAUGCCCCAGACACCCCUCUUUGGAAACCAGAAAGCAAUGGGGUGUUCUCAUUUGCAUCAGCCAAGAAGUAUGAGAGGCAGAUUGGGGGGAUCAGAGUUCCAAGUAGACAUUGGUCUAGGAAGAUCUGGGCCAAACACAUUCCCUGGAAGAUGGCAUUUUUAGCCUGGAGAGUUUUCAAAAGAAAAGUACCCUUAGAUGAUAUUCUGACCAGAUUUGGGUAUAACAUUGUGUCUGCUUGUUGUUGUUGCCAAAGGCCAAAAUCCUGCACUCUCCAGCAUGUCUUCUGUACAGGUGAAGCUGCCAGGGCAGUAUGGAGUUUCUUUGCUAAUUCUUUGGGCAUGAGCCUGCAAGUUAGAUCAUUGCAACACAUAUGCUACCAGUGGUGGAAGAGAAGGAGAGGGAACAGACUAGAGAAAUUUAUGGUGGAUAGGCUCCCUGUAAUCAUCAUAUGGGAACUGUGGGUGAAUUUUACAGGUUGCAAGUAUGGUGGGGAGAGGUCCUCAGAAGCCAGGACUGUACACAGAAUCACAAAGGGAGUGGCAGAAUGUAUUGCAAGGAGAUGGCCAGCCUGGGAUGCCUUUCCUUUUGACUGGCAUGCCAUCCUCAAGAGAACAAAGAGAUUUGGAGUCAAAAGAGUUGUUGAAAGGGAUAGUUGGUGUAAGCCACCUAGGGGAUGGAUUAAAGUGAAUCAUGCAACAAGUGAGAGCAAGAAGACAUGCAGUUUCUUUGUUAGGAAUGCUACUGGGCAGUUUUGUCUAGCAGGAGUCUACACUGGGGAUCUUGCUAUGAAUCUGAGAGAAUUAAGGAAGAUGAUGGCUCAGGACAUUUGGGCAUGGUGCAGAAGGAAAAGGCUCUCCAAUGUAAUGUUUGAAGGGGAGGAAGGACAUGGGAUGGAGCUGAAUCUGAGACCUGAUGAGGGGGAGGUGAAACACCUCACUUGCAGAAAGUGUGUUAAUUGCAUUGCUAGUUGUUUGGCCAACAGAUGUGAGGGGGAGAAUGUGCUGUUCCUGAGCCCUGGGGGUCUGCCUCAUGGUUUCCAGAGGCUUCUGGAACUGGAAGGCUUGCCUCACUUUACUUUUCUCCCAGGACAAGAUCUUACAUAG